AUGAAAGCAGAAUCAAAUAAUGCAAAUGGAGGAUGUGUUCUUAAAUUAGAAGUUGCAAUUCUCAAAAAAUUAACAGGAAAACCACAUGUGUGUAAAUUCAUCUCAGCUGCUAGACUUACGGAUUUCACUUAUGUUAUCAUGACUCUACUCGGAAAGAGCUUAAAUAAAAUAGUCAAAAGAGUUGGACGACAACUAACAGUUUCUGCUCAAGUCCGUAUCGCAGCAAAUAUUCUUUUCUGUCUGAAACAAAUUCAUGAUAUCGGAUUUAUCCAUCGAGACUUAAAACCAGCUAAUAUGGCACUGGGAUACAAAACAAACUCGGAAGAAUGCCGGUUUUUCCAUGUUCUAGAUUUCGGACUUUCUCGCCAGUACUUGGUACCUCAUUCCGAUCAACCAAGCAAAUUUAUGAUGAGAAAACCUCGGGAAAGAUCUCUUUUCAGAGGAACAACCAGAUACUGUUCAAUCAGAAUGCAUGAUCGGGCUGAACAAGGCAGAGUCGAUGAUCUGUGGAGCAUGUUGUACUUGCUCGCGGAACUGAGGGGACCUUUGCCGUGGUCAUCUCAAAAUGAUAAGAGAAUUGUCGGUGAAUUGAAAAGACUUCAUACAGACGAAGACGUUCUCCAAAACUGUCCAAUGGAGUUUCUUGAGAUAGCAAAGCAUCUGAGAAGCCUGACAUAUUUUCAUCGACCAGACUACCAUAAGAUUUUCAUGCUGUUACUCACCAUUGUCGGUGAAUUGAAAAGACUUCAUACAGACGAAGACGUUCUCCAAAACUGUCCAAUGGAGUUUCUUGAGAUAGCAAAGCAUCUGAGAAGCCUGACAUAUUUUCAUCGACCAGACUACCAUAAGAUUUUCAUGCUGUUACUCACCAUUGUCGGUGAAUUGAAAAGACUUCAUACAGACGAAGACGUUCUCCAAAACUGUCCAAUGGAGUUUCUUGACAUAGCAAAGCAUCUGAGAAGCCUGACAUAUUUUCAUCGACCAGACUACCAUAAGAUUUUCAUGCUACCAUCGGAUACUCCGAAAUCCGUACCCAGAUCACCAACUCAGAAAGUCGGAAGCCGCGAAAGAAAAUCAAGAGAGAAGUUAAGUAAAGAAGAUGUAAAAACUGCACGGAAGAUGAGUGAUGAGACCACUAACGACAAUAAAGUGAAGACUAGUAGAGAGAAAACAAAUCAUCAAUCUGCUGAGAAGUCGAGUUCGUCCGAUCCAAAAGCCGGAGAACAGAAACAAGAAUAUAUGAAACUUCUACCAUUUGAUCUCGAUUUCUUCAACUCUGAUCCGAUCGGCUUUUGA